AUGAACUUCGACACAAAAGAAGCACAGCUUUUUCGAUCCACAUUUCAUUCUCACAGAUAUCAUCAUAGUGAUCAUAUUUGUUUAUCCCCCAAAUUUCCAAUGAUUUUAUCAGCUAGCCAAAAAACUAGGCCAAGUCUUCAGGGAUAUUCUAAUCAGAAACGUGCCUUUACAUCUCAUCUCAAUUUUGCGAUGAAAAGUUUAGGCACAAAAUCGACUGAAUCUUUAUGUGGCCGAUAUUCGACCUCAAGCAAUAUUUUUAAAACUUAUAGCCAUGCUGAGUCAAAAGAUAUUUUUCCUGAAUGACUUACAGAGAGAAAAGAUUUUCAAAAACAAAUAACAAGAAUGAGUAAUUUGGCACUUAUUGAUCUUGGGCUUACUUGUGAGAAGCCAGAAAACUUGAGAGAAGACCUUGAAAAGAGAGCACUUAGAGAAUGAUGCCGGCUAUGCCCGUUUUUUAAACCUUUAAGCGAAAUUACAGGAACAGAAGUUUGCAAAAAACUUACUCCCCCCCCCCCUCCGUGAGCGAACAAAAAAAUUUUGUUCGCUCACGGAGGGGGGUUUAAUUUUUUUUUUUUUAAAAAAAAUUUAUAUAUAAAUUUAUAAAAAAAUAUUUUUUUCGAAAUUUAAAAAAAUCCUAAUUUGCAAAAAUUGGGAAGCAAAUAUUAAUUUAAUUUGCAAAAUUUAUGUUUUAAAACGCAAUUUGUUUAAAAUUAAACAGAAUUAGCUCUAGAUUUCAUUAUACUAAUUAUCACUUAUAUAUCAAAAUUUUUUUCCAUUAAAAUUUUUUCUAUUAAAAAAAUUUUUGUUCACUCACGGAGGGUGGGUUUUUGGUCAAAAAAUGGCGAUUUUUCUAAUGGUUUUGUUCGCUCACGGAGGGGGGGGGGAGUUAAGACUUAUUAUUUCCCUUCAGGAUCAGUAUUAAUGAAAGAAGGAGAUCAUGGAGACAAUCUAUAUAUAAUAUACAAAGGGAUGGUCGAAAUCUAUAAAAAUUCAGUUGAUGGGUGUAUUGCUGUAGUAGCUCCAAGAAAUCAUGUGGGGGAAGUUGCCUUAGAAACUGACGGAAUACGUAAGGCAACAGUUAAAGCUCAGGGGGAUGUUGUAGCUCUUGAAUUGAAAAAAGCUGAUUAUAAUGAAAUCAUCUUAAAACAAAAACCAAAAGAAAAAUACGAAACAGCCGAUUUUCUGAAGCAGGUGCCAUUUUUUAAAGAAUGGGGCAAAUCCAAAUUAGCCCGAGUUGCAUGAGAUAUGUUCCAGCAGCAAUAUAAUGAAGGUAAAAUAAUUUAUGAAAUAAACUCCAAGCCUCUGCAUUUUUUUAUUGUAAAAGAAGGUUCUGUCGCCCUAGAAGUUGACGUAACUCUAAAGCACAAAAACAGGCUCCCUGUUGACAAUGAAGGUUUAUACUUGGUAAACAUGAAAAAAUAUAAAAAAACAAUCAGAAUCUGUGAAAGCACAGAUUUUUUCGGAGAAGAAGAACUUAUUUUGGGGAUCCCGAGAAAAACAAGAGCUAUUAGCAUGUCUCCGAAUACUGUUCUUUUUCAGCUUCAUGCUGAAGAUUUUAAUAACCAAUUUAAAGAAAAAGAUAAGCAAGACAUGCAAAAAAUUUAUGAAGGAAGACCUAGCACAGGGGCAUUAAGAAAGUCAUUAAAUAAAGAGCUGCAGGUAAGAGCAUCGAAAUAUCAGGCAAUAUUGCAGGCAUCUCAAAUUAGCCCAAUGCCUCAGGGGAGACUGUUUCAGGAUAUCAGGAUGAAUAAAAAGGUGGAUUGGGCGAAAAAGCUUAUGACUCAGCUAGCAGGUAAAAUUUCAAAACAACUAAUUGAAGAGGAAAACUAUUUAGAAGUUCCGUCCAGAAAAUCAAAGUAG